CCCAGGGCAGUGAUGGCCACUAAUUUGGAUGGCUUUUAAAGAGAAUUAGCUGAAUUCAUGGAGGAGAUAAGCUACUGUCAAUGGCUGCUGAGCAGGAUAGCUCUGUUCCACCUCCGUGAUUGGAGGCAAUAAUGCUUCUGAAUACUAGCUGCUGGAAACCAUGGGAGGGGAGAGUGUUCUUGUGCUCAUGUUCUGGUAUCUGGUUGGCCACUGUGAGAACAAGUUGCUGGACUAGAUGGACCACUGACCUUAUCCAGCAGGCUCUUUUGUGUUUGUGAGUGAGGUACUGUAGUGAUCCUCUCUUCUCAGUGUUGAAUUUGAAAGAACCAAAGUACAGUCACGCCAGGGGCUGAUGACCUUCAAGAAGGCGUCUGUGUAUCUUUCUGGGGAGGAGUGGGCUCAGCUGGUACCUUCUGUGUGCAAAGCAGGUACCCUAUCUCUGAGCUGUGGCCUCAGCAUCAUCCCACACUAGCUGUGUCAUCUAGGGCCAUUUAGUCCAGCCCCCUGCAGUGCAAUGAUCACAGCUAAGGAAUACCUGACAAGUGGCUGUCCAGCCUCCCUUUCAAAACCUCCAGUGAAGAGGUUGAUGCUUUUGUCUUUCUCUGUGCUUAAUGUCAUUGGUAGGUUUAGGAUGAGAUGGUGCAUCUGUGCUGCUUUGAUUGCUCAGAAACACCUCCCCACCCCCCACAGUUAUUAAGUUUAUUUUGCAUUUUGUUUGUUUGUAAGGCUGGAGCCCUGUGCACGCUUAUCUGAGGGUUUGUCAACAUGACCAUGAGAACUGAUAGCCUCCACUUCCAGUUCGACAACUAUGGGGACUCCAUGCUGCAAAAAAUGGACAAGCUGAGGGAAGAGAAGAAGUUUUGUGAUGUCACAGUCCACAUAGACAACCUUGAGGUUCACGGCCACAAAAUAGUCUUUGCUGCUGGCUCCCCUUUCCUAAGGGAUCAGUUCCUGCUGAAUGACUCCAAGGAAGUGAAAAUCUCCAUCCUCCAGAGUUCGGAGGUUGGGAGGCAGCUGCUUCUGUCCUGCUACACUGGUGUCCUGGAGUUUCCCGAGAUGGAGUUGGUGAACUACCUGACGGCGGCUAGUUUUCUUCAGAUGAGCCACAUUGUGGAGCGCUGCACACAGGCCCUGUGGAAAUUCAUCCGGCCAAAACAUCAGCUUGAAAACAAGGAGGAGGGGAAGCAGCCUCAGCAGACUGACUCUUCAGAGCCAAACGAGUGUCCGAGGCUGGGGAGUAAGGAGGAGGAGGAGGAAGAUGACUCCUUGCUUCCAGACUCUCCAUGCAUCCAACCCUCUGAAGACAGCCUGGACAUGGACGAUAGCGACAUCCAAAUUGUGAAGGUGGAGUCCAUUGGGGAGGUUGCAGAGGUCAGAAGCAAGAAGGACCAGAACCAGUUUAUUUCCUCAGAGCAGCAGAACAGCCUCCACUCAUCAGAGCCUCAGCACUCCCUCAUCAAUUCCACGGUGGAGAAUCGAGCUGGUGACCUGGAGCAAGGCCAACUCCACAACUACACCCUCUCGUACAUGGGGGGAGACAGCCUCAUCAUGGCUUCCAAAGACAUGUUUGGCACCAGCAACCGGGGGGUGGACAAAGGCCUUCAGUGGCACCACCAGUGCCCCAAGUGCACACGUGUUUUCCGGCAUCUGGAGAACUACGCCAACCACUUGAAGAUGCACAAGCUUUUCAUGUGCCUGCUGUGCGGCAAGACCUUCACACAGAAGGGCAACUUGCACCGGCACAUGCGGGUGCAUGCGGGCAUCAAGCCCUUCCAGUGCAAGAUCUGUGGGAAGACCUUCUCGCAGAAGUGCUCCUUACAGGACCAUCUCAACCUGCACAGUGGGGACAAGCCCCACAAAUGCAACUACUGUGACAUGGUUUUCGCCCACAAGCCCGUCCUUAGGAAGCACCUCAAGCAGCUCCAUGGCAAGAACAGCUUUGACAACGCCAAUGAGAGGAAUGUCCAGGACAUUACCGUGGAUUUUGACUCCUUCAGCUGCAGCUCAGGCACAGACUCAAAAGGUUGCCAGCAGGCCGAGGCCAGUCAGGUGCUGGACACCGGGAAACUGGCGCAGGCAGUGCUCAGUUUGCGGAGCGAAAGCGCCUGAGCGAAUUGAAAUGGGUGGUGGAGCACCUCUCUAUGAGCAUUGGGGCAGGAAGAGCCGUGAAGAGCUGCUUCGGGCUUUGGGGGGGGGGAUCAGCCUAAG